CUCCCCUUCCCCAUUGUUCACGCCUCCAUCCAUUCCCGACCCAGCGAGUCCGGCGAUUCUUCCGCCGGCCGCCGGCCGCCUGCCGUCCGUACUGCCUCCACCACCCGUCUUCUUCGCCAACCUCACCGCCCGUCAUCUCCGCCAGCCCUCGCCUCGCCGCCCUUGCCAGAUAAUCAACCUUUGGUUUUCGAUUCAUCAGCAGCUAGAGCAGAACCAGAACCGGUGAGUUCGGUCUCCCUUAAAUCAGCAUUGGGUUUUCGAUUUUUGAUUCCCCCGGAGAAGAAAAGGCGACGUGAACUGGAAGGGAAUAUUCAGUUACAAAAGCAGGGGAGAGGUGGCUUCCUUCUAGAUCGAAGUCCAUAUCUAAAACGAAAGGUCGAGCUCGGUGGCGGCGCAAACUCUCGGUAGGCGAAUCAGAUGGGAAAGCUGCGGCGGCGGAGUCUAUGCUCGUGGAAUCGAUUAGUGAAUUGGAGAAAAUGGGCGAUUUUGAUUUGGAGUUCAAGGAGGGUUUUUUGGCCAUAGUGGGGUGAUGCCAUGAAGGGUUUUUGGGAUCGGUGGAGGAAGCUAGAACAGGUUGAGCAGGGAAGAAGAAGAGGCAUUUGCCGGCGACGGUUCGAAGAACGGAGGACGAUUGGAGGGCAGACGAUUCCACUCGAGGCAGAGGGAUUUCGAGAUCCAUUACCCACCGCCCGCCGCCGCCGCCGCCGCAUAGGACUCCAAACAAGUACUCGCCCCACCACCACAGCAUCUUCCAUUGUCAAUUGAGGACGUUGUGGUGUGUUCUCCGGCGACCUUGACGCAGCAGAGAGAGGCGGC